UAAUAAACCGUAAAUACUGAUAUGAGUUACAUUUAUUUCACCAGUAGUUUAUUCAAGACUUAAUACUUAUUUUGCAUUUACACAUUUUAUUAUGUAUUUUUAAUAUACCAGUGUUAUAUUUACACAAAAAUCAUAAAGGUGUGCUUGACCUUGAGAGAUAAAUUUAAAAAAAUAUUUUAUUCCUUAUUUAAAUUGCAUAGAAGCAUAUGUGUAAGUGUUAAAACCAUGUUUUACAAAAGAUGCCUAAAACUACUGAAUACCUCACAAAAAAUCCAGCGCUCCUUUAUGAGCAGUAUCUCCACCCCACCUUUAGAUGGAAUCAGGGUCUUAGACUUAACAAGGAUUGUUGCCGGGCCUUAUUGCACCAUGGUUCUAGGAGAUUUAGGUGCUGACAUCAUUAAAAUUGAAAAACCUGGAACUGGAGAUGAAGCGAGACAAUGGGGCCCCCCAUUUAUUAAGGGUAGCAAAGAGUCUUGUUAUUUUGUAGCUUUUAACCGCAAUAAAAAAAGUGUUUGUGUCAAUAUGCAAUCUCCUGAAGGCAGAGAGAUUUUGUAUUCAUUGGCCAAAGUUUCUGAUGUGUUAGUGGAGAAUUAUGUGCCAGGCAAACUGGAUUCCCUUCAGUUAGGAUAUGAAGACUUUAAAAAGGUUGCCCCUCAGUUGAUUUAUUGUUCUGUGACAGGGUUUGGUAGUGAGGGGCCAUAUUCUAAUCGUCCUGGUUAUGAUGUUAUUGCCUCCUCUAUGGGUGGAUUAUUACAUAUAACUGGUGAAAAGGAUGGGCCUCCGUGUAAGGUUGGUGUAGCAAUUACAGAUAUAUCAACAGGCUUAUAUGCUCAUGGGGCUAUUUUAGCUGCUUUAUUAAAAAGGGCAAAAACUGGUGUAGGACAGAAAAUUGACUGUGACCUUUUAUCAACUCAACUGUCCACUUUAAUCAACAUAGGAUCAAACUACCUUAAUGCAGGUUUAGAAGCAAGUAGGCGUGGCACAGCCCAUCCAAGUAUUGUGCCUUAUCAAGCCUUUAAAACCAAAGAUGGAUAUUAUACUAUUGGUGCUGGGAGUGAUAAACAGUUUGUUGAGUUAUGUAACUUAAUAGGCCAUAAAGAGUUGGCAGAGAACCCAAAAUUUCUUACAAACAAGGAUAGAGUGACCAACAGGGAAGAAAUUAUCCAGAUUCUUUCUAAUAUAUUAUCAAAUAAAACUAACAAUGAGUGGCAGCAAGAAUUCGCCAAAUCAUCUUUUCCUAAUGGACCAGUUAAUAACUUAGAGGCAGCCUUCAAUGAUCCACAUGUUAAGCAUAUUGGAAUAGUGAAAACUUUAAACCAUCCUGCUACUGGUGAGAUUAAAGUGGUGGGGCCUGCAGUAACAUACAGCCAGGGGGGUAAUGAGAUAAGGAGUCCACCACCUAUUUUGGGGCAGCACACGGAUGAAAUUUUAAAAGAUGUUUUGGGGUAUAGUGAAAAGAAGAUUGAGGGUUUAAGGAAAAACAAGGUUGUUGCUUAAGGUUUUAAAUGAUGAAAUAAGUUAUUUUGUUUAAAAUUAAGUUAUUCAAGGUUAAGAUGACAAAAGGUGUCAGGUUUCUUGCCUUUUAAGCAAAUGUUUGUUUGAUGGCAUUUUUUCUUGAAAUAGAGUCCCACAUAUUGAUUAUGUAACUGAUCAAUGUGUGUUACUUAUAUACUUUAUAUGUCAACAAUGUGGAAAACUAGGUAUGAGGAAUCACAUUAUACAUAUUUCAAUGUUAUUAAGUUCAUAUUCAAAAUAAGUUUUGCUAAUAAAUUAACUACCCUAAAGUUGUUUUUGAUAUGCAAGAUUUUAAUAAAUAUUUUUAAGGUUAAAUUUUAUGUCAAUGUUAUUAAUAAAAAUUAUAUUUUUAUCA